CCUCCCUCUCUCCUUGCUUAUUCCCUCCACCCCCGGCUUGGUGGCCAAUCCUGUCCUCGGCAGCACGGAACCGGGGGGCAGCACAAAAGCAGGCGCGUUGGUGUGCCAGAGGAGCUGGGAAGACAGAGCGCGCACCCGUGCCUGCAUCUCUCUAGAUCCCCACGACCCUUGGAAUACUCGCGAGAGGAAGCUGGCAGGUGGCUAUAGCGGCUGGGUAUCUGGGCGCGGAAGAAGGCAGAAUAACCGUCAUGGGGAAGUACCUAGUGCCCUGCUGGAUAGCCAUUCUCUUGAUCCUGUUGCAGACUGACAUGUCUCUUUGCAAAAAGAGGCCCAAACCCAGUGGUGGUUGGAAUACAGGGAGCCAACGCCAGCCUAGCUAUCCACAGCAACCUGGCUAUCCGCAGCAACCUGGCUAUCCUCAGCGCCCUGGCUAUCCGCAGCAACCUGGCUAUCCACAGCGCCCUGGCUAUCCACCACACAACCCUGGCUACCCUCAAAAUCCAGGAUACCCCCAACACAACCCUGGAUAUCCCCCACGUAACCCUGGUUACCCACAAAACCCUGGUUACCCAGGGUAUGGUGGAGGCUAUGGUGCAGGCUACAACAGCAAGCCAUGGAAGCCUAAGCCAGCCAAGCCCAAGCUGAAGCACGUAGCGGGAGCAGCUGUCGCAGGCGCUGCAGCAGGAGCCCUCGGCGGCUACCUCUUAGGAAGUGCCAUGUCAAAUAUGAACUUUGGUUUCCGCAACAACGCUGAGCAGCAGUGGUGGCUUCAAAACCGUGACCGUUAUUCUGACAGAGUUUACUACCCAGAGUACAAGCAGCCUGUUUCUCGGGACGUCUUUAUGAGAGACUGUGUGAACGUCACCCUGACGGAGUACAUCCCGCCCGAUGGGAACAAAACAGACGAGAUGGAGACAAAGGUCGUGACGCAUGUGGUGCGCGAGAUGUGCACAGAGCAGUACCGGUUGAUAUCAGGGGCCACUGUACUUCUCGCCAAACCUUCCAUUCUGUUCAUCCUCACAUUGGUAACAGGUCUCCUGAUCCCCUGAGAUUGUCCUCCUUGAGCCUUCACCUUGUUGGUCUAGCGAAUGCCCAGAAGGAAUGAGAUCUAGACAAAGCGACAGUUUUGUGGGAGAAUGCACACUUGCUUCUGCACCUCUUUGCUGGAGUGUCUUUACAAGCUGUUACAUCUGCUAAGUAUUAAUAAGCACAUUACCCCUUUUACAGCCAUCUUUGAUUUCUGUCUUUAGUGGUACAAAAUAGCUUGUAGGGAUAAAGAGGAUAAGGGAUUGUUUUGCAAUGACUGAGGGAGAUGAAGAACCCAUCACAGGUGAAACCCCAUCCUUCUUCAGUCAUGCCUAAUUUAACACAAACUAUAAAUAAGAACAUGACGACUUUGCACAGAAAAACAUAUUCUUUCCCAGGGCCGGCACCAAGGGUUGGCAUAGUUGGGCACCUGCCAGCAUGCCUAUACCCCAGUAGACCCCCCACAAAUCAGAGGUCUCCCCCAGACCUGCUUCUCCACUGUUGCAGCCUGAUAAUUCACCCGCCUCUCCCUCUGGCUCACACUGUGGUGAAAGUGAGGAGCAGUUGCGGGAGAUGCCUCUGCCUGGUUGCCUGUUGGCUCUCUGCCUGGCCAGCAAGCAGUGGUAGCGAUGAUGAUGAAGAGGAGCACCAAAAACUGAGGAUAAUGGCAGUGAGGAAGUAGACUCCCUGGGGGGUCCGUGGCCCCUGUCUUGCUUAACAAUCGUCCAAAACCUGGAAUUGGCACUCUCCUUUGCUGCCCCCAUUAUACUGUUGCGCGCCUCCCCAAUCCCCAAGCGAUGAGAUUUCCGGGGUCCCUGCGCUCCUCCAGGGUUUGGUUUCCUUUGGGAAGAAGGUCAGCGGAGACUGUGGUGUCUUUAUGAAAUAUGGUUUAUUUAUUUAUACACAUUCCAACCUGAGCUUAAGAUGGAGGGGUUCAAGGCAUCAGCAGUCCAAUAUCCAGCUUUUCCAUCUGUACUACAGGAGGCACUCCAAAUGCCAUGGUGCAGAGAGCCAGUCUCUCUGCCUGCCUCCAGUUACCAGCCUUUCUCUAGAGCACAACUAAAAACACUCGAUGCACAAACUUCUGCUAGUGGCCAGGAAGGGGGGGGGAGGCUCUCCUGAAGAGUUUCAAUGACAAAAGGAUCUUCCUGGGCCAUUCACCAGUUGCUGGGCAUCUGAAAGACCCAUUCUCUUACCUGGUCACUCUAUUUGUUUGACAAAGGAGAGACUCAUCUGACCAACAGAGUGAGUUCCUCAUUCCAAGGCACAGGAUUCCAAAUCGGGCUGGAAAGGGGACUCACAGGGAUCAUCCAUUCCAACCCCCCCAAAACUCAUAACAAUAUUGACUCUUCACAGAAAUCUGAUUGGCAUGUUCUGUAAUGCAGUAAGCCAUUUCAUAGUACAUAAAAGUCUGCCUCUGAGAGAAGAAACGCUUUCUGGUGCUGACCUAACUGCACUGAGAGUGACUUCUGGCAUGACAAAAUAUGAGGAAAGGCAGGAAACAAAUGACUCAUCGGCCAUCUUCUCCACAUUUAAGUCCAUUGUAAUAAAAUAAAAUUCACACCCAGCCAUGCAGCAAGAGUCACAUGCUGGACUCGCACUGGAAACAUAUUCAUCUCACUAUGGAGAGGGAGGACAUAUGGGAACAUCCGCUUUGAGAAGCUCAGCUAGAUGCUUCCAGCUAGACAGAAUUCCAGGAACUGAGUCAUGUUAGCUUCAAAGCAACGAAGGCAGGUAAGAAGAAAGAGGGUGUGUCCCCAAAGAAAAAUUCUGCACUCCUGAUUUAGUGCUAGCCAUGUGGGAUGUUGUGGCUCCUUGUUGGCUGCUCUGCACAUGCUGUGGGGCUCAUGGCCAUUAGGCAGACUAGAACAGUUCACAGGUGAUCCAUGUAAAUGCUUAAGUGACCAUGCUCUAUCCAUUGUACCAUGAGCUUUUUGUAGAUCUUCAUCUAUGCAGCAAUAAAACUGUUUGCCCACAAACCACGGUUACUGCCUACACAAGCUCAUGCUGCAAUGAACCUUGUCUUCUGGUGUCGUUUGUUGAGACAGGGUUGUUUGUUGGGGAAAUGGACCUCAGUGAAAAUCCUCCUUGUCCAGUGAAAUCUUCUAUCCCUAAGGACGCCAAAAUCUUUUGUUUCCUUUUCAUGAAGAAGGAACCUGAGUGAAAUACCAUUUCCACAGAAGUAAUUGAUUAUUACUAGAACUGGGAUGGGUCUAUUGAAAUGUUAUUAGCUGUCUCAGUAGCACUUAGGAUUUCAUAGGCUGCAAAGAGAAGCAUUCCUGGUUUUGCAGCAUGGGGACAUGAAAUAUGUACAUGCAUGACUUCAUGAGUGCACCUUUCGUCAGGAAUUUAUAACCCUCUGUGAUGCGCACACGCCACUGCCUAAUGGCUUUAUUAGGAAUUGCAUAUUUUCAUACGAGAGUAGAACUCCAGCUCAUUGUCUGAACUUACCUUCACAAUCAGAGUACUAUUUUUGAGCUGCUGCCAGCAUUGGCCCCCGUUUGAUCUGUUCAGCCCACACAAUUACUAGGGAUUUAUUGUACUGACCCUGGAGAACUUUGAACCUAAGUUUAAGGGGCAGUUGCAGAUACUAGAGUCAUUCCAAAGUUUUCAUCUAUGGGGAAACUUAUUGGGUGAGCUGGUAGCACACAAAUGUGACUCACAGGGAGACUUAAGAAAUUCAGAGCAGACUCUCAAUCUGUUGGGGCAAUCAAAUGGUGUGCCAAUAAUUCACAAAUUAUUUAUCCAGAAAUGAGAGUGACUUCCGUGAUGUCAUAGCUAAAUUGGUCCUAGCAAUGUGAUCCCUUUAUCUUCAACUGGAUUCCUGCCUGUGGACUAACGCUUUGCAGAUAACAGCUUGAACGCUGCAAGCCACCAUCCUAAAUGUAUAGAUAAAAGGCCUACUGGUGUUUGAGGGGAACUUCCUUCUAAGUAUGCAUAGGAUUGCAGCCUUAUCCUAUGGAUUACUAUGAAGGGCUAAUGCUUGGCAGUUGGGGAGGCAAUGAUAGGAUUGUUCUUUGUGUUGCCACACACGUCCUGUUUCUGCUACACACUGUCUUUGCUCACUUCUGACUUGUGCAAAGCCUUUUGUCCUUGCUUUGUUGGUGAGCAAAGUUCAGUGCUGUGACAAUGCCACUCUGCCAGUUUUAUCACUCUGCCAAUUAAGAGGCCUCGUGUGCUUGAUUCCCCCCCCCACUUCAGUUUCCACAGCAGGCCGUAGCAUUGGCCUGUUAGGAGCACAUCGACAGUCAGUGGGAUUUAUGCAUUCCAGUCAUUUAGCUGGCUUUGAAAAUUGUCACAUUUAACCUUAAGGCAGACAUUAUAACGGAAAACUACAUUUUGGAUUGUACUAAUUCUGCUUAUGGCCUGCAGCAGUUGCAAUGGAUGCAUUUCUGCUAACCUGUAUUUCAGUUGUCAUCGCUGACGACUCUGUGUUUGUGAGAGUAGAUAUAUUUUAAACGUGUCGUAAACAGUAUACAAUUAUCCUUCUGAAAAUAUCAUAAUAUAUGCUUUACAUGUUGCUAGAUAGAUGAUUCUUGUACAGAUGCACCUUUGAAAAUUGGUGAUUGGGUACAACUGGAAAGCACACCAUAAAAACAACAACAGGAAGACUUUGAAGUGACCUGUGCAUUUGCUGCGAGGAUAUUUUGUACCUUUGUAAUUUUACAUGUGCUUAAUUCUGAUUUUCAAAUAUUUUUUUAAAAAGUGUUCAAUAUCUAGUAGAAAUAAAACACAGCAAAA